AUGGCCUCUGCCGACGGCGCGUCUCCCCAUGUGAAAUCCCCGACCGAGCGUAACCUGAAACAGGUUGUACUGGGUGACCUUUUAUUCAAGACUUGGUAUCAAUCGAUCUAUCCCGAAGACCUCGUGAGCAAGGAUACAGACCGUUUAUAUGUCUGUUGCUGGUGUUUCUGUUACUCGUGCGACGUGGACAGCCAUGUAAGGCAUAUGCGACUUUGCGAACACCGGACAACACCUCCCGGUGCCCAGGUCUACGAACAUGGCGGAUAUUCAGUAUGGGAGGUGGAUGGAGAAGAACAUAAGCUCUAUGCGCAAAACCUCUCGCUCUUCGCGAAGCUGUUUCUCGACCACAAGUCCGUAUUCUUCGACGUCGCGACUUUUCUGUACUACAUCCUCACGUUCACCGAUCCUGAGAACCCCGAAAAAUACCAUGUUGUAGGAUUUUUCUCCAAGGAGAAACUGUCCUGGGACGCGAACAACCUUGCCUGCAUUUUAGUCUUCCCACCUUACCAACACAAGCAGCUGGGAAAGUUAUUGAUGGGUGUUAGUUAUAAAAUCAGUGCCUGGGAAGAAGAUGCGGGUUCCAUAGGCGGUCCCGAGAAGCCGCUGAGUGAUAUGGGUGCGCGAAGCUAUUCCCGCUUCUGGCAAGAACGGAUCGGAAGGCGUUUGUUGUCAGAAGAUACAGAUGCUUCUGUACAAGAGACACAGCCGGUCAAAGAGAGUCGGAAACGGCAUUCAUCAACUUUCAUGACAGUCAGGGGUAUAGGCCAGGCCACUGGGAUGCUGACGGAGGACGUGAUUACGGCCCUCAGAGGAAUGGGCGUUGUUCAACCUGAGACGCCUUCCAAAAGGCGAAAGGUAAAGCAGGCUGCCGAUGAGCCUGAUCACUAUGUCACCAUACGCAAGUCAGACCUACUACGGUGGAUGGAAAGUCGCAAAGUCCCACUACAAGAUCCGGUCAGGGAUGAAAGAUUCGUCGGCAGAUGGGCCCUUAGAGACACGCUUGAGGAGAAUGAUAGUAGCGCGGGUGAAGGGGAGGAAGAAGAAGAGGAGGACGAGGAGGAGGAUUCACAUAUUGCAUAA